CAAUAAGCUUGGAGUCUGCAGCAUCACAUCCAAAGAUGAAUACCAUCACAGUGACUCUACUUCUGCUGUUAGUGGCUGCACUGACCAUUAACGGUGCACCGAUGAACACUCGUCAGCGCUGCCUGUGCAAUCGGAUCCAGAAGACUGUGAGAUGCCCCAACAUCUCAGAAGUGCGCCACUACCCCCCUAGCCCAUACUGUCACAGGACCGAGAUAGUUGUGAGGCGGAGAAAAGGAGAUCCGGUGUGCCUUGAUCCUGCGUCAAGACUGGGCAAGAGGAUCCUUUCCUCCAACUUAUCCCCUCUACAAUGGCACUCUGUGAAAUGUGGACAAUAGACAAUAAUGUUGACAUAUUCACAACAUGUUUCAACCAUUUGAUAAUUUAUGACUCUUUUUAAUUUAAUUUGUUGUGUGCCUUGUUAUUCAUGUUUUUCUAUGGGGGGAGGGGAGUCUCACAUUGUGCUAGUUGCAAAUGAAAGAUGUGGGUAUUUGAUCAUAGUAUAAGCUGUCUAUAAAGUAAAGCUGUCUGUAAAGUACACUGUGAACUGGGAAAUAUGUAGGGAUUUUUUUAAAUGUU